AUGUCCGCCUCCCCUCCGUGCGAGGGGUCUGCGAAUCCUGGAUCGGCGAAUGGACUGGAUGAGAAGCCCAGGCUAUCGGAACACGAGAAGAAGGCGAAUCAUAUUGCUUCCGAACAGAAACGCAGACAAGCCAUCCGCGAAGGCUUUGACCGCCUCACAGAACUCGUACCGGGCUUAGAAGGACAAGGGAGGAGCGAGAGUGUGGUGUUGAAGAAGACGGUCGAUUACAUGCGAGCGCAGCUUGCGGAGAGGAAGAGGUUGGUUGAGAGGGUUGAGGGACUGGGUGGGCAUGUUGAAGAAGGGAUGAGGAGGUGA